CAACUUCAAAAAAAAACGAGAUCUUUCGCAAAACCCAUAAAAACCCAUAAGAAAUUACUUACGCUAAAUUAAAAAGAGAGGAACUUGAUCACUCCACUUCAUUCUCUCCCUUGUUUCUCUCUCUAAAGCUGAGUUUUUUUUUUUUCCAUGGGAGAAGACUCGUCGGAGGAGGUACUGGUUGCGGCGCAGCUGUUGAUGCAGCUGAGCAUCGAGGAUGACGACGACGACGACAACUGUAGUAGCAAUGUCGUUGUGGCGGUGGAGAAGAUGAAGAACAAGAAGCUGAAAAAGGGUCACGGCGGCGACCGCGGUGACGGUGGGGAGGAGGAGGAGGUUGAUCAGAAGAGAUACCAAAUUGAGACGUCAAUUUGGUUGAAAAUCGAAGAGAUUUUCGGGAAAGAUGAUGAAGAACAAGAUUUCAAUUCCAUUUGUCGGCCUAAGAAGAGACGAUUUCGAUCCCUCCAAAGCAUAUAUGUCACCACCAAACCCAUCGGUAAUGGUAGAUUCCCGGCAAGGGGAUCGUCAGAACUUGAACACGGCGGCUAUGGCGGUGGCUAACA